AUGAAAAGUCGAGGAAACAAUAAAAAAGGUAAAUUGGUUCAACAUUUUUCAUCUGCAUCUCAUAAAUUGGCUAUGAUGGAUUAUUGUGCAUUUAUUAGUCAGUCAAGUCGUGUUGAUUUUAUUUUCAAUAAAUCUGCUCGACAAUUAGCAAUACGUCAAAAAAAUGAACAAGAAUUUAAUCGACAAGCAGUAGGAAUGUUGGUUGAUGUGGCUCGUACAUUAGCAAGACAAGGUUUAGCUUUUCGCAGCCAUAAUGAAAAAGAAAAUGAGACCCAAAAUGGAAAUUUCUAUCAAAUAGUUUUAUUGCUUUCCCGGCAUAAUCCUAUAAUGGAAAGAUGGUUAAGUGAUAAAUCUAUGCGCCCUUAUCAUGUAACUUACCUUGGAUCAAAGUCACAAAAUGAAUUUAUUGAGCUACUUGCUGCAGAAAAUCGUCAAACUAUCAUACAAGAAAUUCAGAAUUCAGAGUUGUUUGCAGUUAUGGCUGAUACUACACCAGACAUAUCAAUGAAAGAUCAGUUAGCUGUAUGUUUAAGAUAUGUUGAUCAAAAAGGAAUAACAAAUGAACGUUUACUGGAUGUAGUCGAAUCUACAGAUAAAACAGGAUAUGGAACAGCAAAAUCUAUUUAUAAUUGUCUCAUAAAAUAUGAAAUUAACACUGACAAUGUAGCUUUUCAAUCGUAUGACUAUGCAAGUAAUAUGAGUGGAAUCAAUAAAGGAGCUCAGCAUUUCUUUACUGAAUUUGUAAGCCAUUCAGUACCAUAUAUUCCAUGCCAAGCCCAUAGGAUGAAUACAUUUUUAGAGCACAGUUGCGAUGCUAGUCCUAUAAUUGGUGAUUUAAUUUGUGUACUUGAAAAUAUUUAUGUAUUCUUUUCAGCAAGUACUAAGAGAUCUAAAGAUUUAACAGACCGUAUGAAAGAAAUUGAAGGAAGUCUACAGCUUAGAAACCUCUCAAAAACCAGAUGGACUGCUAGAGCAGAAAGCAUAAAAUCUGUAUGGAUAUCAUUAGAUAUUAUUAUUGAAACAUUAGAGAACAUAGUUGUAUCAAAAAAUUUUGAUAGUCUAACUAAGACAAACGCCUUUGAACAGUUGGAAGCUAAAGAAUUAAAUAUAUGUGAUGCCUACGUAUUAAUUAACAGUACUAUAAAAUCAUUGGAAAACAUAAGAUCAGAAACUAAAAAUAUGGAUAACUUAAUUAAUAGUUCCAAAAUAACUGCAGAAACUUUUGGAAUUGACCCAGAAAAAGAUUUUAAACGCCACCACCAAACUAGAAAGAUUCCAAAAAGAAUUGAUAAUAAUUCUGACAACUGUGCAACUAUUGAUUUAUUAACAUAUUAUCGGAAACAAUUUUAUCAAGUAUUGGAUACUCUAAUAAACUUAUCAAAAGAAAAUCUUAAAGUAUUUGUUGCAACUCUCCAGCCAUUGUAUAACAUUUUGCGAGUUCCAUUAAAAAUUGAAGAAGCAACAGUUGAAAAUUUAAAAAAGGCAUUUUACCUUUUUCCUCCAAAGAGUCGAGGCGGUGAGCUAAUGGAUUUUGAUGCAGUAGCAGCCGAGUGGGAAAUAUUAUGCCAUCAAUGUAAAAAUUCUGAGACACUUAUGCAAGUUAUGGAAAAAUCAACCAAGCUACAGAAACUUUUACCUUGGGCAAACUGGUUAUGUCGCCUUGCAUUUACAGCUCCAGUAACUACAGCAUCCAGUGAACGAACUUUUAGCAAAUUAAAGUUGAUCAAGCAUAGUUUGCGCUCUACAAUAAGUUCAGAUUGUUUGAACUCAUUAAUGAUUUUAAAUUGUGAAAAAGACUUGACUGACAAAAUUGACAUAAAUUGUGUUCUUCAAAAAUGGUCUUCUGCUAAACAAAGAAGAAUUGAAAUUUGA